AUGAAUUUUCUUCAGACUAGAAAAGCUCUUUUUGCUAGUAGUGCAAAUUCAUUGAAUCUAUCAAAGUGUAUUAUAAACACUAUUAAAGUCAGAUACCAAUCAACCCAAACCCGAUCCAAGGUGGUGAAUUCGGUAGAUGAAGCAUUGGAUGGGGUCAAGUCGAACAUCACUUUGUUAUCUGGUGGAUUUGGACUAUCAGGUCUACCUGAAAUGCUUAUCAAUGGUCUUUUGGCUAAAAAGGAUAUCAAUGGGAUCACAGCUGUUUCAAACAAUGCUGGUAUUGAUAAAAGAGGUUUAAGCAACUUAUUGGAAAGUGGGCAGAUCACAAAAAUGAUAAGUUCGUAUAUUGGCAAUAACAAAACAUUUGAAAAAUUAUAUCUCUCUGGAAAAAUUGAUUUAGAACUCUGUCCACAGGGAAAUUUAGCUGAAAGAUGUCGAGCAGGUGCUGCUGGUAUACCAGCUUACUACACUGCAACUGGUGUAAACACAUGGAUAGAGGAGGGAAAACUACCUGUUCGUUAUGAUCCCAACGAUAACACUAAGGUUUUAAAAACAUCCAAACCAAGAGAAUCGCGAGUUUUUAACGGUAAAAAGUAUUUGCUAGAAGAAGCAAUUGUUGGUGACGUUGCUUUUGUCAAGGCAUUUAAAGCAGACACAUUGGGCAACUGUUGGUUUAAGGGCUCUGCAAGAAAUUUCAAUUCAGUUUUUGGUAGAGCAGCCAAUUUAACCAUCGUUGAAGCUGAAAAUAUUGUGGAACCAGGAGAAAUACAAGCCGAAGACGUUCAUUUGCCUGGAUUGUAUGUUGAUAGAAUUAUUCAAUCGAAUUCGCCAAAGGAUAUUGAGAUCUUGACUUUAAGCAAAGAUGAAAGCACAGCAAGUGAUGCUGGAGACAAACAAUUGUCGCCUGGCGAAUUAAAGAGAAUCAAAAUAGUCAAAAGAGCUUCACAGGAAUUUGAAGAUGGAGUUUAUGCUAAUUUGGGAAUUGGUAUGCCAACACUUGCUCCAAACUAUUUGCCAAAAGAGAUAGAGGUUAAUUUGCAAAGUGAAAAUGGGAUUUUGGGCAUGGGACCUUACCCCAAACCAGGCGAAGAAGAUGCAGAUUUGAUUAAUGCCGGAAAAGAAACCGUUACACUAAAGCCAGGAGCUUCUUUAUUUGGAUCUGAGGAGAGUUUUGCGAUGAUCAGAAGUGGUAAAAUUUCGUUGACAAUGUUGGGAGGACUACAGGUGUCGAAGUAUGGCGAUUUGGCCAACUGGGGAUUGCCAGGCAGAAUCAAGGGAAUGGGAGGUGCUAUGGACCUAGUGUCGAGCCCCGAAAGGACGAAGGUUGUUGUCUUGAUGGAACACGUUGAUAAGAAGGGCAGGCCCAAGAUACUCGACGAGUGCAAGUUCCCACUCACCGGAGCCAAAUGUGUAAGUAGAAUCAUCACAGACCUCGCUGUGUUUGACGUGGAUAGCGAGAGAGGCUUGACUCUUAUCGAAAUCGACGGUAGCAGUACUGUGGAAGAAGUAAGAGCAGCUACAGGCUGUGAGUUCGCAGUCUCGCUGGAUCUCAAGACCAUCGAGGUCUGA